AUUUAACCCCAAAUUUCUAUUUCUAUUUCUAUUCAUUCAUUCUCUUUAUUCAUAGCAUUCUCUUCCGCCAACUAUUCCCUAAGAAUCGCGUUCUCAAUAAUUUGGCUUAAAAGGGUUUUGUAUUGCGGUGUUGCGAAUCUCUCUCUAACACAUAAGAUCAUCAACAAUGUCGUUCUCACUCUCAAGGUUAGCUUUACUUCGUUCUAAUAAUAAUAUCACAACUUCCACUUUCCUUCAUUCCUUCUCAUCUAAAUCUCGAUUCACUCACAAUGAUAUUGAUAAUGAUGUUGAUAAUGCUGUUUCUUCAUUCCAUAGCAUGCUUCGUAUGAAUCCAACCCCAUCCAUUGUUGAAUUUUGCAAGAUUUUAACUUCCCUUGUUAAGAUGAAACAUUAUCCCACUGCUAUUUCCCUUUCUAACCAAUUACAAUUCAAUGGAAUUAUGCCUGAUAUUGUUACUUUCAGUAUAUUGAUCAAUUGUUACUGCCACGUCGGUCAUAUGACUUUUGCCUUUUCUCUAUUGGCUAAGAUUCUCAAGUUGGGUUAUCAGCCCAAUGUCAUAACUUUAACGACUCUUAUCAAAGGUUUGUGUUUUAACGGUAAGGUGAAGGAAGCACUGCAUUUUCACGACCAUGUGGUUGCACAUGGAUUUCACCUCAACCAAGUUUGCUACGGGACCUUGAUCAAUGGACUGUGUAAAAAUGGAGAAACAAGGGCUGCCUUGCAAGUUCUAAGACGAAUCGAAGGGAAAUUGGUCAAGCCUGAUGCAGUAAUGUACAACACAAUUAUUGAUAGUUUGUGUAAAGAUAAGCUUUUAAUAGAUGCUAAGGAUUUAUAUUCUGAAAUGAUUGUAAAGGGCAUUUCUCCUGAUGUUAUUACUUACACUUCUCUGAUAUAUGGAUUUUGCAUAGUUGGUCAAUUAAAAGAAGCAAUUGGACUUUUAAAUGAAAUGUUUGUAUUCAGAAAACUCAAUGGAGAUGUUUAUAUCUUUAAUAUAUUGCUCGAUGCUUUAUGCAAGGAAGGAAAUGUCAAAGAAGCUAAAAAUGUGUUAGCUGUUAUGGUGAAACAAGGUAUCAAACCAGAUGUUGUUACUUAUACUUCAUUACUAGAUGGGUAUUGCCUAGUUAAUGAAGUCAACAAGGCCAAAGUUAUAUUCAACACUAUGGUUCAAAGAGGAGUGAUUCCUAAUGUUCGUUGCUAUAAUGUCAUGAUUAAUGGGUUGUGUAAGAUUAAAAUGAUGGAUGAAGCCAUGAACCUCUUAAAAGAAAUGCAAAACAAGAAGCUUAUUCCUGAUGCAGUAACCUACAAUUCUCUUAUUGAUGGUUUGUGCAAAUCAGGGAGAAUCUCUCAUGCUUGGGAGCUUCUUGAUGAGAUGCAAGAUAGGGGUCAACCUGCCAAUGUGAUCACUUACAGUUCUUUAUUACAUGCUUUAUGUAAAAACCAUUAUGUUGAUAAGGCAAUUGCAUUGGUCAAGAAAAUUAAAGACAAAGGCAUUCAACCAGAUAUGCACACAUACAAUAUACUCAUGGAUGGACUUUGCAAGGAAGGGAGAUUUCUGGACGCACAAGUGAUUUUUCAUGAUCUUUUGAUUAAAGGCUAUAAUGUAACAGUCUGGACAUAUAAUAUUAUGAUCAAUGGUCUUUGUAAAGAGGGUUUGUUUGAUGAUGCUGAGUCCCUACUGUUAAAAAUGGAAGACAAUGGCUGUGUUCCUAAUGCUAUAACUUAUGAAAUAAUUAUCCGUGCUCUCUUUGAAAAUGAUGAGAAUGAUAAGGCCUUGAAACUUUUACAUGAAAUGAUUGCCAGUGGUCGUCUAAUGUAAGAGGAGAACCAGUUUGAGUAAAAGUUUCAAUUGGUUCUAAUGCAGGAAUGGAUAUACACGAGCUCAGUAUUUUGAGGAUAUGAUACUUCUCAGUCCUCACUCAGCUUAAGGAUUCUUGGUUAGCAUCAGCCAAGUCUUUUUUUAAUCAACUUGUUUUUCCUGUUCUACUAUUGUUUCAAUUAGUCCAAUUUCCGUUGUAAAUUUAUACUUGUUGAACAUCUGCUGUUCUUUCAAUUUUCCCCAUAUUUUGCUUGUUUAUUCUUCAUUGAAACGACCAAGCUGUGCAAAUCAUAUUCCAUCGUCUCCCAGUCAAAUGUACUAGUUAUCUCACGAGCCAUCAAUGCUAAACAUGAAUGGAUAUACACGAGCUCAGUAUUUUGAGGAUAUGAUACUUCUCAGUCCUCACUCAGCUUAAGGAUUCAAAUUGUAGCAUCAGCCAAGUCUUUUUUUAAUCAACUUGUUGUUUUUCCUGUUCUACUAUUGUUUCAAUUAGUCCAAUUUCCGUUGUAAAUUUAUGCUUGUUGAACAUCUGCUGUUCUUUCAAUUUUCCCCAUAUUUUGCUUGUUUAUUCUUCAUUGAAACGACCAAGCUGUGCAAAUCAUAUUCCAUCGUCUCCCAGUCAAAUGUACUAGUUAUCUCACGAGUCAUCAAUGCUAAACAUUAAUCCUUUAUCUUUGCAAUGUACUGUCAACCAGUUUCAUGGUUGUUAUCAGAAUGUAUCCAACUCGAGUAUCAUAAGCAGUGGUGGUGAAGUUAAAGCGUGUUGGUCUGUUGUUAAGCUUCAGAGGUAUCGGUGUGAGUAGGUAGUUUUCUCGUCAUGGUGGCAGACUAUCUAUGCAGGAAAAACGAGAUUACAAAGGUGUUUUCUCAUAGAGGAAAGUUUUGAGUGUUGGUGCUGAAUUUCAUCGAGUGGCAGUAGCAGCAAGGGUUAGUAGAGGCUUUUCGAAGGCAAGAUGUGAAGGUAUUGUGGGAGACAACUUGGAUAGUGUGUUUUGAAACUUAGUAAUUCCACAAGUGUUGGUACAUUGAUAGAUUGGUUGAUGAAUUUUUAGUUUUGGAUUUUGCAAGAGUGCAUUUGGCUCCAGCCUGUUAUGCUGAGAUAGAUUGUUCUCUGUAUUGCAUUUGUAUUACAUCGAUGUCAUUUAAGAUUUACAGUCUUGUCGUUAUAUUAUAGUUAGGAUUUAAUGGAUGUGUGUUGACAGUGUAAUGUGUAAAGAUUUUUCACACUCUUAAUCUAAGCUCGUUACUUUUCUUUAUAAA